AACGCACGCGUAUCGCGACGCGCUAGAGAUGCGAUAGCGUACACAAGCGGCAUAGGUGUGUACCCCCGAGACAAAUGUACGGAAAUUUUAGCCGCCAGUCGAGUUUCUGAACCGAAAACGGGACGACGCACGCUCCUUGCCGGUCUCACCGUUUGACAAGUGCCUGAAAAAAGUGCCUUUAGUGUCAGUGUGGGAGUGUCUUAUAAAGAAGAGUUUUCUUUUUUACAAAAAACAGUGUUAACAGCCAGUGUCGUUUUGUGAAUUCAACUGUUUCGUGAAAGUACGAGAUGGAAUUGAGGAGAUUGUCUCUGGUUCUGGCGUUCUUCGCGAUCGCAGCCGUCUCACGAUGCACAGAAGCGAGAACGCACAGUAUAGAAAGGCGAGAAGCGAAUCCAGAAGUGAACUACGAUGAUCAACCACUUUCUGAUGCUGCUGCAGACGAUGACACCCAGAACGACGCUGAUCAAGGAGAUGAGGAGGAAGACGUGAACGCAGAUAUUCAAAACAAAGGAGAGGACUUCAAAGUCGGUCUCGGCAUGACGCUACGACUGCCGUGUGUCAUACAGCCGUCGCCGAAGGAAAAUGAAGCGGUCGCCUUCCAGUGGCUUAAGGACGGAGCGCCGCUGUUCCUCGGCACUCAGAAGAUGGGAGCCCCGGACAGGAUGUCCAUUGACCGGGAGAGUCAGACCGACCUGAUCAUCGCUGAUCUGCAAAUGUCCGACGCCGGAAAAUACAAGUGUGACAUCUUCAAGCAGAACAUUGAGCACACCGUCAUAUUCGAGUUUGCGCCUAAGAUCAUUCAGGUGACAGCCACGAACCGCGGCCAGGUCAUCGAGGGGUCAGACAUGCGUAUAACUUGCAACGUGUCUGGAUCUCCGCCGCCCAAACUAAUCUGGUCCAGGGAAGAUGUUGCUGGAGAGAACCACGGCUUAAGCGAAUCCGACGGCGAGUUCACCGAAGACAGCGUCUACAUCCGCGGCAUCAGACGGGAGCAGGCCGGCAAGUACUUGUGCUAUGCCGACAACAACGUUGGCAAGCCUGCUGUCGGGUCCAUCAGCAUUAAGGUUCUCGGCAAACCCCGUGUCCAUGUUCACAAGACUAUUGUCAACUCUGCAAUCAACGUGGAAGCCAUCUUGCAGUGCUCUGCUCAUGAGGAGCCUCCCGCAAACAUCUACUGGUACAAGGACGGGCGCCGCAUCGAGGACUCCGCCGAGCAUCGCUACAGCAUCACCGUGGACGGGCAGCACUCCAACCUGACCGUGGUACCUGUGGGGGACUCGGACUUCGGGGAGUUCACUUGCGAGGCGGAGAACCAAUACGGCAAACACAACCGCUCCAUCGAGCUGGUGCAGAGCCCCGUGGUGGAGGGACUCGACGCGGAGGGAGCCAAACUGUCCUGGACCGUGCACUCGCACCAGCCGCUAGAGAAGAUACACUUGGAGCUGAGGCAGCUGAAUGGGGACGGAGCAUCGAAGACGCUGCCCAUCCCUAUCCCAUCGCAGAAGAGCCACGAAUACGAGAUCGUGUACGUGAUCGAUGAUAAGGAGCUGGACCUGACUCCUGGCAAGUACGAGGCGAUGCUGACUGUGAAGAACCAGCACAGCUGGAGCGAUAGGACCGGCCAGGCUGUCAUUGAAAUUGAAGGAGAACCGCUCUCAAUCCAGGGUGCUUCAGUGUACCGAGGUGCGAGCACGGAUGGCGCAUUCUCGCUUCGACCAGAAUCAGUCUUAUUAUCAACAGUAAUAAUGUACCUACUAGUGCGGCUUUUCUAAAAAAAAACUACUACUUAUGUAUAAUUUAUUGUUCUAGUUCGGAGCAGAUUAUUAUGUACCUUUACCAAUGUUGAAUCAUUAUUAAAAAUAUAAGUACAUACCUACCUAAUUAAAUAUAUUGUAGCCAUUUUUGUGUGUAGAAAAAUGUGUUAGCUUGGUACAAGUUUAGUGAUGUCACAACCAUUCUGAAUCCGGGAAAAAUACUAAUAGUCUUUUACUAUCGAAUAAGUAUCGUUAAGAAAAAGUUCAACAAUUUUGAUGUAAAAACAAGUUUUUUCUUUAAAUUUUUUUUUGUACUUACCUACAAUAACCGAUACCUUUUUUAUUAUUUUUUGGAUUUUAAUUGUGACUAUAAAAUACGUAACUAUAUAUUUUUUCAUUUAAAAAUUGCAUUUGAUUUGCUUGUAUUUUACAAAAUGUACAGUCGUGUUUUCAUAGGUAGACUACAAUUUAAUUUUAAAUCCUUAUUUUAGGUUUUAAAAACAUCUGACGUAAUUUUAAAAAGCUGAGCUACUUAUAAAUAUGGCAGCUUAUAAUGAUUUUUCCUUUGUUUUAGAAUAUUUUAUAACAAUAUUCUAUAUUAUUUUCUGUAAAUAUUACACUUAUUAUUAAGUAUUUACUAAGUUUGUUUUAAUUUGUGAAGUGAAUUAAGAUUUACCAUAAGAUUCUCUGUCAUACUCCAUUUAAUCUCCUCAACAUAUUUAAUUUUAAUCUACUUAAAAUAGUUACGAUAAAAUAUAAUAAUAAAUUCUCGUCUCGUUAUCGUUAACCGAAAUAUGCAAAUCAAUGUCGGCAAAACUUUAUAAUGUUCAUUAAUGACUGCGCUUUCAAUAAAAAAAAAAUGCAAAUUUUGUCAUCAAUGAUAACUACUGCUUACGGUAGACUUAGAAUUUGUUUGCCAUGUCGGGCAGAUGAGCGAGACUAAGCUCCAAUUUCUCCAUAGUCGGUUAGAUCGUAACCAGGGUUUCAUGAAUUAUACGUCAUCUCCAUAUUAAAUUCAUGACAGAUGUGUCAAAAGUUAACCAGUAAUCCCUUGAUAUGCUCUAACCCACUAUGGCGAAAUUGGCACAAAAAAUUCUCGACCGUACGAUUUUCGAAAGCGCGCGUUGAAAUUCAUGGAAAUAGACUCAGGCUACGGUAUUAUGAAUUUUCUAUGUCAAUUGCAGAUGUCCCCAAAGUCGUGUGGUUGAGAAUUGUCUACCGGGUUCCAUUUUAAGUAGAAACUACCAUUAUUUACUACUUAUUCUUCUAAUGUUGAAUGUACGAUUGUUUAUGUAUCUUACUACCAAAACCUGAAAUUAACCAUGUUAAACAUAGUUUUUCUGUCUUCAAAGUAUAGAAAAAAAAUCACAACCACCUUAUUAACAACAGUUUUAGAAGUCACUUCUCACAUUUAGGCUUAGUUUGUAGAAGGUAGUUUUACCAAAGUGUAAGUAAGUAUCAUAUUCUAGGUUUAUUUUUUAGUUCCCAAUUGUUAUAUUUUGAACUUAAUUAUCAGGAAAUCUGAAUUGAUUAUUUAAAAAUACUUAUGAUUUUCGCAGAUAUUCAUGUUGAAAAAAGAUAUCGUGAUUAAGUUUUGUAAAAUAAUAUAACUUAAUUCAUCAGAAUGCAGCUACUUUAAAUUAUUUAUAAUAGGUACCUACCGAAAAAAAAUACAUUUUUAAAAAUACUUGUUACCUACGUAACAACAAAAAACUUUGGUAAAUAGUAAAGUACAUGCACAACAAAAUCAAGUACAAUAUUUGUUGUUAUUAAGUUAAAAAAAAUGUAUUCACUAUAAAGUGUAUAAACCUGUAUAAUUUUUAAUUAUUUUUUUAUACUUUAAUAAAACGUUAAUAGGUACUGAAACAUAAUAAAUAAAAAAAAAAAUGAAAUCAGUGAAACUUGAAAUAGUAGGUAUAUAUAAUCGAGAAAUCUAAGUUUAGUUUGACACAGAUACAAUAAUAAUUAUGAUACAAUAAUAGCAUAGUAGGUACAUUUAAUCAAAAUAGUAAAAUUAUGAUAUCAAUGAGUCAUUUGUCGAUAAAAGCUGCCAUAUUACAAAUAUACUAAAAUAAACUUAUUACGCAAUGUCAAGUUGUAUCCCAUUUUACAGGUUUAUUCAUGGAAGUAAUGAGUACUUAUAAAUACUACAUACUUCCAUGGAUUUAUUUCUGUAAGUUGACAAAUAUAUAGGUACCUACUAAAAAUCAUUGUCAAUGUCAAAAUAAUUUAUAAUUUUAUUUUUUGUAGCAUUUUUUUUAUACCUUUUCAAAUGUAACUGCCCUGAAAACUAUAUUCAUCUAAUUUUAAUUACUUACUUAAUUGUUUGAAUGUUUAAAUAUAAAUAAAUUGAAUAUGUAUAAGUUGCAGUUCAGUUGCUAUUUACACUUAAAAAUAUUUUAACUGUCAGCUGCUGUAUUCUACCAGUGAAAACUUGAAAUUUUCUAUAAAAAAAACUCUUUCAGGAAAAGUUAUACGUACCUAAUAGUGGAUUACCAUUUAUUUAUGUCUACUUAAUUACUAACUAGUUAUACUAAUUGUAAUGUUGAUGUGCCUGUAAUUUAUACAAACAUAGAUCCAUAAUAGUACGGUGCUUGUAUUAUAUAAGUAAUGCUGAAAUUAUACAACUACCUAUAUACCUAGCUAGGUACACAACAUAAUAUUCUUAGGUACGAUUCUGAAAGAAUAUCCAUACUUAAGGUAAGCAUCUACCUAUCGGUAUCGUACGUAUCGCACCAAACGGAUUGUCAUUUAAAUGUUUGGAGAAAUGGCGUCGGCAAUGCCGAUGAAGUGGACGCACUUGUGUGAAUUUCUAAUACAAAGAAUACUGAAUUCGAAGCGUAUUAUAUACCGAAAGGUGGACGCUUAUUUUAAAGGUACAUCCUCUAUAAUUUUUUCCAAUAAAUGUGAAUUCCUUCCGUGGAAUUCCUUCAGAAUUGUGCCUGAUAUUUAGUAGGAUCAUAAUAUACCUAUAAUAAAAUUGUAAAAAUGCUUGUCUAGUUGAUAAAAUGAUAACACUUUUUUCGUCUUAUUUUGCGAAGUCUAUUUGACUUAUUUUUGACUGUACAUCGGUGCCUUCGGUAUAAAAAUUCAUAGAGAAGGUGAUAUUUUUGUCAUGAAUAAAUAAAAUAUUAAUGUUUGUAAAUAUUAAAA